UCCGCUCUCACUACACGCAGCAGCCAGGCUCAGAGAUUGGAGCUGUCAGCGCCCGGGAGGCCAGUGAUCCAGGCUCCCGGCACACGCACCGCUCCUGUGGAUGUAUCUCGGUACACUGGGGCUGCUCGGGGUCUCUGUGCUGUGUGCAGCAGGCAGUGUGGACGCAGCAGCAGCUGGCAAAGUGUCGGCGCCGAUUCAACAAGUGAAGAGUACUGGAAGUGAGCAGGAUUCGCCUCAAAAGCUCGCACUCUACUCCUCGCUGCCCCGUGCAGCGCGCAGGUGAUACAGCAGUGCCAGUGCUGUGCAGAACGUGCUGGGGCAGCAGCUCCCUGUGAAUGGGACAGCCGGGGGAAGUGGAUGUGACUUGAGGCGCUGGGGAAGCACCAGGUGGGAGCUGAGAGCGGAGGCUGCGCCGCACAUGCCGGUUACCUGUCACUCUCUCACAGGCGGAGACACUCUCUGGCAGCCGCUAACUCCAUGGAAGUGCCGCGUGUGACUGCCUAGCGCCCCUGGGUGACGGUGUGUAGAGCGGCAGCCGGGUCUCGCCCCGCACAGGACUGCAGCCGCCGCAGCGAGAGGUGUUGGAGCGCUGCCCCAGAACUUGGUGCUGUUCCAUGUGAGCCCUGCCCGGGGAGGGGGGAGUGUCAGCGCAUCAGCUGCUGCUGCAGCCGGAGGUCACCCGGGGAUCACUCACCGCCGUCCCGACCAUGGCCAAAUGGCUGAAUAAGUAUUUCAGCCUGGGCAACAAUAACAACAACAAGACGAAGAGCCCCCCGCAGCCGCCCCGGCCGGACUACAAGCGGAACGGGGGCACCGAGCGCUCCGUCCACCUGCAGCAGCAGCCCUUCCCCCAGUUCCACCACCACACGUCCCCGCUGCCCGGACACUGCAGGGAGGAGAGCGACCUGAUCCGAGCCUACCGGGCCCAGAAGGAGAGGGACUUCGAGGAUCCGUACAACGGGCCCGGCUCGUCCCUCCGCAAGCUGCGGGCCAUGUGCAGGGAGGAGCAGCAGGCAGAGGGCAGGAGGGGCAGCAGCAGCGUCAGGGCGCCCGGGUACAGCAGCAGCGGCAGCCUCUUCCAGGAGCCCUACCCCGGCUCCAGCACGAACACCACCUCCUCGUCCUCUUCCUCGUCCUCCUCCCCGCAUCUGUACCGCAGCAACAGCGAGAGGCGGCCGGCCGGAGCACGCCACCAGCAGCAGCAGCUGCUCACUGCGGGGACGGAGCUCAAGUACAUCGUCUCCCCCAAGCACCGGCUCAUCAAGAUAGACAGCUGCGGCUGGAGUGACAGCGGGGGCGGCGCAGGUGGAUCUGGCAGCAGCGCCGCCGUCACAUGGAGCCCGGCCGUGACCGGGGGUGUCAGCAAACCGGCGGAGGAGCAGAGUAACCCGAGCAAGAAGGAGAAGGUUGUAAUCGCUGAUGACUACUCUGACCCCUUCGAUGCAAAGAACAAGGGAGUCUUAACUGAGAACAACGGCUACAUGGAACCUUACGAAGCCCAGAGACUGAUGACAGAUAUUCAGAAGCAAGAAAGUCAGAAGCUGCCUCAGACAAGCAUCCAGCUGUAUGACACGCCGUAUGAGCCAGAGUGUAAUGGAAUAGAGUCCGAUUCAGAAAGCCUGGUUGGCCUGCGAAUGCGAGAGAGCAAGUUGCCUCAAGAUGAUGACCGGCCUGCUGAUGAGUAUGACCAGCCAUGGGAAUGGAAUAAGGCAUUACCAGCUUUGGCAGCCCAGUUCAAUGGCAGUGAGAAAAGACAGUCAUCUCCAUCUCCAUCCAGUGACAGACGCAGACAGCUCAGAGCCCCCGGAGGUGGCUUCAAACCAAUAAAACAUGGCAGCCCUGAACUCUGUGGUAUCCUGGGCGAAAGAGUAGAUCCAAAUGUUGCACUGGAGAAACAAAUCUGGUACCAUGGAGCUAUCAGUCGGACAGACGCAGAGAACUUGCUGAGGUUGUGUAAAGAAUGUAGCUACCUUGUGAGGAACAGUCAGACAAGCAAGCACGACUACUCGCUAUCACUGAAAAGCAGCCAAGGAUUCAUGCAUAUGAAACUGUCAAAAGCCAAAGAAAAAUACAUCUUGGGUCAGAACAGUCCUCCUUUUGACAGCAUUCCUGAAGUCAUCCAUUUCUAUACCACCAGAAAACUACCAAUAAAAGGGGCUGAACAUUUAUCACUCCUCUACCCUGUAGCUGUGCGGACCCUUUAGAGCGCAGAACUAUCCCCUUCCUGUGGACAGGGGACUGUAAAGAUGCAUUGUUGCCAGUAGAGGGCAGCACUACAAAUCAGCAGGGUACUGCAGGUGGACUAUUCACUCACUGACAUUGUGAAACGUCAGUUAUGGGCACUCACAAUAUGUACGACGUUGCACUACGGCUUUCAUAAAAGACACACUUUCUGUUUUGAGUAGGACCAUUUGGUGAACCAGGAGAUUGACCUUUUGUGGGCUUGCAAUCAAAGGUGGGGGGAUGAGAGUGUAAGCUAGCCUUGAAACAUGCAAUCCUUAUGUAGGAGGAGCAAUUUUUAAGUGUUCAAUGCUUUUAUACUGCAAUAUAAACUUUAAAAUAUUUGGGGUGUCCAAUGUUCACCUCCUCCAAUACAUAAUACCUUCUGUUAAAUACAUUCUUGAGGCUAAAAGACCUGUUAUAUACAGUCAGAAGAAAGUUUUCCAAUAUGUUUGCAUUUUACUCUUUCUACUGUAUUUCAUGCAGUGUGUUUCUCUUGCUAAUGCCAUCAGUGAUAGGCCAAUUUUUCAUUUAUUAAAAAUGAAGGGUUAUGAAUUUGCAAACAGUGGUGGUUCCAGAGGUGGGGAUGCAGCACAGUCCAAAAUUCAAAUAGGGGAGACACACCAACUGCCAGAGAGUCCCGGCCAGUGAUGUUUGGCAGCGUUUGGGGUGACAGCGUGGUUCCCCUAUUUGAAUAUUGGACUGCAGCCCCAACGCUGGAGAUGCCACUGGUUGCAAGGCUUUUAAGCUAAUUACUACUCAGUAAUUACUGAAUAGCGAUGGGAGCACGUGCUCUUAUCUUUAACUAGGUGGUAGUACAGAUUUGAAAGGGUCUUCAAAAUUAUGUUUCCAUUUUUGACCAUGUCCACAAAAACUGAACUAAUUAGCAAAUUGCCUUUUAAGAGAUGUGCGUUGAUGGUACAAAAUGUCCGCAUCUUGGAGGCUACAAUUCCAAAGCUAGACCACAGUAAAGAAAUUCCAGCAUAAACACGUGUUAAACCAUUUUGUACUAUGUUGUUUUCCUUAAAGUUGAUCAUUUCUCCUUCAGAUAAGCAAUGCAUAUUUUCCCAUUGUACUAGAAUAAGCUGAAGCGAAGUGGGCUCAUGCCUUGAGAGAUUUCUCACUUGAUUGCUGUAUGUGAAACAUUAAUAACUUCAGUGUCGUCACCUUUCCAACACCAAGCUUUGGAUCACAUUCAGCAUUUACUGUGGUACCUGUGAGAACCGGCACAUAGCGCCUGCAUGGAAGGCCCCGGCCUGCUCUGACAAUAUAUCUUGUAAUACUUGUCUGUUAGAGCAAUAACUUGUUUGUUUCACACUUGCUUCACCUGUUCUCAUAAUCAGUCAUUGCGCUCUAAGUUCUGGUUUAAUUAUUUAUGAAUAGGGUAUGUAAAUAAAGAAAAUAGCAGUUUAAUAUAUAAUUAUAUUUUUGACCCUGUUUUUGGUACAAAGGAAGAGUUGUUGUGCACCUUUUUACAGUCAGAGGCCUUAAAAGGCAAUGUUGACCAUGUUUAGUGUUUGUACAGUGUGACUGUUUAGCGGGGAAGCAUUAGUCAAAUGUUCUAGGUUUAACAAUAAAAUCAGGGUAUUGUUAGUUUGGACUGCUUGUGAAUCCUGUUUGUUUUUUCUCUCCUUGUGAAGCUUGUUUUUGCCUUCUAUACGAAUAGCAAAAAAACAACAACAUAGUAUUAGGGGUUCAACCUUAUCGCUAAUAAAAUUGGUCUUCAGCAUGUGUAAGUAAAAA